AUGAAUCUCUCGUUUCUGUUCCUCUUACUGAGCAUUCCUGUAGUUCUGGCCUAUUUCUUCGGCCUAUAUAUCCUGGGCUCGCUAGGACAGGUGGUGGGCUACUACCUCCGACGAGCUUCCCGCACCCGCAAAGAGCUCUUGCUAGCUAGGGUGCAGACUGAGCAGCGGGCCUACGCUUCUACUCAUCCCAAAAGAGCUCCGGCCAACGACGAGGACGGUUGGGAGGAAGUAGAGGGGUAUGCUGCCGGUACGGCCGCCAACGGAGCGAAAGCGGGCGAGGACUGGAAAGGUAUCAUAGGAUUCUUUCACCCUUUCUGUAAUGCUGGAGGCGGAGGAGAACGCGUUCUCUGGGCUGCCAUACGGGCAAACCAGAAACGCUGGCCGGAUGCCGUCUGCGUUGUAUACACUGGAGACCACGAUGUGGACAAGGCAGCCAUACUAAAGCGAGUAGAGAAUCGCUUCAACAUCCACCUCCACCCCCCAACUGUCCACUUCCUCUACCUCUCGACCCGCCGCUACGUCCUGAGCAGCACAUGGCCACACUUCACACUUCUAGGGCAGUCCCUCGGCUCCCUAAUUCUCGCCUACGAUGCCUUCAGUCUCCUCGUCCCGGACAUCUUCAUCGACACCAUGGGCUACGCCUUCGCCCUGGCCCUCUCCUCCUUCCUCUUUCCCGCUGUGCCCACGGGCGCAUACGUCCACUACCCCACCAUCUCUACCGACAUGCUCGCCUCCCUCUCUCCUAACGGCCAAGGCGUGAAUGCCGGCGCCGGUGUAGGCUGGAAAGGCUUCGCAAAGCGCCACUACUGGUCCCUCUUCGCCCGCCUGUACUGCCUCGUCGGAAGCACUGUCGAUGUCGUCAUGACAAACUCCACCUGGACGCAAUCCCACAUCCGCUCCCUCUGGGGCCCGCGGCGCGCUCGUCGCCUACGGUCAGCCAAAGCCUCCGAGACCGACAUCGACGUCGUCUUCCCCCCCGUCGCCGUCGAAGAGCUUACGGAUGCGAUCGAUGUUUCCCCUGAAAGCGAAAGCAAGCGUGGCCCGACGAUCAUCUACAUCGCGCAGUUCCGACCGGAGAAGAACCACACGCUGAUAAUAGAAGCCUUCGCCAAGCUGGUCGCGCAACACAAUGCUUUCCCUUCUUUCCCGAACACCCCCCCUAAACUCGUGCUCGUAGGCUCGGUAAGAGACAGCGACGACGCCACCCGCGUCUACAACCUGCGCCUGCUCGCGCACGAGCGCAAGAUCAAAGAAAAAGUCGAGUUCGUGUGUGACGCGAGUUGGCCGCAGAUCCUCUACUGGCUACAGUGCGCCUCCGUCGGCGUGAACGGCAUGUGGAACGAGCACUUUGGCAUCGGCGUCGUCGAAUACCAAGCCGCAGGUCUCAUUAGCGUGGUGAACGACUCUGGCGGGCCGAAGCUGGAUAUCGUCGUUGAAAUCGAUGGCGAGCCGACUGGUAAUAUGCAGCCCAUGAAUCAUCAGGUUUUCGAAGUGCCGAGCUUCCACGCAAGCACGGUAGAGGAAUACGCCUCCGCCUUCGCAAACGCGCUCUCGCUUUCCUCGGCCGAGACGAGCGCCAUGCGGCUCCGCGCUCGCAAGUCCGCGCUCCGCUUCACAGACCGUGGGUUCGCGGAGAAAUGGGUCAAGAACAUGGAGCGGAUGGUGCAGUUGCAGGAACUCAGGACCAGGAAACCUGGAGGCUUUCUGACAAUGAUUGAGAUAUAG